GGCGAAGUUUCCCGCGAGAGGAUUUGGACAGAUACCACCGCACUAGCCCCCUUCCUUUCUCAUGGUUACAUCUACGUUGCCAUAGCCUUUUCGAUCGAGUUCGGAGCCAGUACAGCGCACGUCAUCAGGGAACUCAUACCCACUGACAGUUGCUCGGUACCUGGUUGACGAACAGAUCUGUUGUGCGAACCAUGCGCUCUACCCGCUGCGCUGGUCUCCGGGCGUGGUGUUUUAAGCACAGGCGGCGGUGCAUCCACAUUUGCCUCUUUCCUUCGUCUGCGUGGAAGUCGUUAGCGACGCCGGCUUGCUUUUUCGUUCUCGGCUGCGCCGACCUUAGCGUUUCAGUUGACUUUGACUUCAUAUUCAGAUGGAGGCUCGAGUGAGGAAUUUGAAGUGGGUGAGACUGGACUCUCGAGCUCACCCGAGCGCUUCAGCAUCGUCACCACCACCGGAUCCGGCUUCGGAUCAAGGUCCGCCCCAUAGCGAUUUGUAUGGGAAAAACGGGAAAGGCAAUAACAUGAGCAAGGGGCCGGGGCAGGUGCGUCUUCUUGACCGUCGUGUGUCGCCGCUCUCCUCAGCGGUAACGCUCAACUCUUUAGAACGGUGGCGACAAUGGAAGCAGCAAGAGCGGCGCACCUGAUCCAAGUUCUUCAUCCGGACUGCCUCCCUCAUGUAGCAACAUGAAUAAGGGACCGAUGAAGGACGGCUGCCAAAUUCUCAACGAGAAUCAAGGGACCUUGCAGUACAGCGACGGAUGGAUAUUCACCACCAGCGAUCCCCAAGGGCUUGUACAUACUCUCCACUUCACAAACACAACCGGUUCCUCGGUCUCGCUUAUGUUCAACGCCUCUAGCAUUGUUGUCUUUGGCCUCGUGCCCCCAGGGCCUUCCCCUCCUUUGGCUUCAUACUCGAUUGACGGAUCGUUGCCCGUUGCUGUGAAUCUUGGGGCUACGACGGAAUGCAUCCCGAACCAGCAGUUGUUCAGUUCUAAACCCCUCUCCGGCCCUGGUCCCCACAACCUGACGAUCUUCGUCAAUCAGACUUCAUCCGAGCAGCCCUACAUUCUCGACUACCUCUGGUUGUGUGGUGGAAACAGCAACUCCACGGCGUCGGAUGACUCAGGGAAUGAUCACAAGGCAUCUCAUGGUCAGUCAUCAUCGACCGACGGUGUCAUCAUUGGUAGUGUUCUUGGCAGCGUCGUCCUCCUUCUGGGCAUCGCGUUCGGUGUCUGGUUCUACAUUCGCCGGAGGAGAAGACGUCUGCAGCAACUUCGGAGGCUUCAUAUCGCCUCGAGUCCCGUGACGAGCUGGCUGUUCUGGAACAGUCGGAGCAGUGAGAAGAACACCCUGUUCACGUCUACCGAGGACAUCAUGGCGGACAACCCGACGACAUCGAGUAUGUCCACCCGAAGCCGGUGGGACACCAGCUACCGGAAAGAGGUUCCUCCUCUAGCUGAGAUGCCUCCUCCGCCCGGCGUACGGAUGUCAUCCGUGUCCAAAGCUACAUCUGUAUCGCGGUCCCCAUCCGCCGUACCACCCGGAAUAGUCGAAGACUUGAGAGGCUACCCACGGCGUAUGUCACGGACAUCAAGCAUCGCGCCAGUCUCGUCGACUUUGGUUAACGGCAGCGAGGACACUUCAGAAUGAGCUUGGACUUUGCAUCUGCUCUUGUUUUUAGCGUUGGAUCCUAGUGACGCUGCCCUCUGGUUGAGGUGUUUCUUUCGUCGUGCACCUUUAUGUAGAAUAGUCGGAGGCCUUCCGAAUGCUCCAUAGGGACAAUACAUCUCAUAUACCGUUAGCCCUGUUGUAUCACUGUAGAAAUGUAUCUCCCAGAAAACCCA